UUCUGGCUGCAGUCUACGUGUUUCACUGUUACUCCAACAGGAAGGUAGAGGUCAUUGAGGACUUCCUGAAGAACAAGAUGAGGAACCCAUCCCUGGAUAAGUUUCUGAGUAGAGUCAUGGAGAAAUCCCUGCAGAGUCGAAUUGGACACCUGGACCUGCUUGUUCGCUUCCUUCAUGGUCUCUCUGUGGAGUCCAACCAGAGACUCUUAGGAGGUCUGCUGGGUCAGACAGAGAAGAAUCCAGGAACCAUCCAGAGAGCCAUCAACAACCUGAAGGAGAUCAACAGUGAAGGAGUCUCUCCUGACAGAAGCAUCAACAUUUAUCACUGUCUGAUGGAGAUGAAGGAUCUCUCAGUUCAUCAGGAGAUCCAAGAGUUCCUGAAGUCAAAGAACAAAUCAGAGAAGAAACUCUCAGAGAUCCACUGCUCAGCUCUGGCCUACACUCUGCAGAUGUCAGAGAAGGUUCUGGAUCAGCUGAACCUGAACCAGUACAACACAUCAGAUGAGGGUAAACGGAGACUGAUCCCAGCUGUGAGGAACUGCAGAAAGUUCAGGUGA